ACUUAUCAGUCGACUUCAAAUAAUGUGCAGCUACUACAGAACUCUGGAAAUCUCAAACGCCGACUGGAUUGUCCGCCCAACUUUUAUGUUUCAGGUCCACGUAAGGUGAGAGCACGCGAGAUGGUGCCGAGACAACGCGUGCUCCAGUCCGAAAGCCAAUAUAAAAGCAUCCGCUAUGAGCGCGCCCUUCGACGCACUUUGACAUUUCCCCUACUGUGAGUGCGAUGACCUUCUUCAUACGAAUCCUGUUCAAUGAUGAAUGCUAUUACUGGACCGUCAGUUACAGAUAAUUACAGACUAAACCAUGCCUUCGCUGUCUAAAGUUUUGGCCGACAAUAACGCGUACAAGUGGGCAUACCUUCCUGUUGCCCUAUUCGUGGGUGGCACCUCUGGCAUUGGAAGAGGGACUGCCCAAGCCUUCGCUAAAGCAACCAAGGGAAAUGCUCAUAUUAUCAUCUGUGGCCGCGACCGCUCUGCAGCAGAGUCUCUUAUCGCCAGCUUCCCCAAGCCUACUUCACAGGACGCGAAACACGAAUUCAUACAAUGCGACGUGACACGCAUGAAGAAUGUCCAGGCCGCCACCAGCUCUCUCCUUAGCCGUUUGCCCAAGUUGAACUACUUGGUCAUCACAUGUGGAUUCAUGGCCUUCCGAGGACGGGACGAGACCGAGGAAGGGAUCGACACGAAGCUUGCGGUUCAUUACUAUGGGAGAUGGAAAUUCAUCAACGACCUCAGUCCACUCCUGCAGAAGGCCAAAGAGUCUGGUGAGGACUCGAAGGUGCUGACGGUGCUGGGUGCUGGAAUGGGCGGCAAGGUUGAUGUUGACGAUCUUGGACUGAAGAAGAACUUCAGUGUGACUGCUGCAGGUCUUCAAGCGCCUUCUUACAAUGACAUCAUGAUCAAGUCUCUAGCCAAGCGUUAUCCUGGCAUCGCGUUCGUUCACACCACUCCUGGCGUGGUCCGUACUUCCAUCUUCCAACAGUCUCAUUGGGCGCUUCGUCCUAUUAACCCGGUUCUCACUGUCCUCUUUUAUCCUUUUUCUCGAUCCGCUUCAGAAUGCGGAGAGAAUAUGUUAUGGUCGCUGUUGCAGAGUGAGGCAGGCGCUAACAGGAGGAACGAGAAGGGUGAUGACAUUGGGGACUCGCGGUAUUAUGGUUCGGAAGAAAUCGAGGCAAAGUUGUGGGAACAUACCGAAGAGGAAAUGAAGAGGGCACUCGCUUCAUGAACCAUAGAAACAGACAUGUUGUUCUGUCUAUACUAUUGCCCAAGAUUGAUCUCGAGCGAGCAGUUAAAUAAGAUUACAGUCCAUAUCCGUGACCUCAACUAGCUGCAAGGCAGGGUAUACGUGUACGGAUAGGAUGUAGGUAUUCAUAGAUGUGAUAUCGAUGCGAAAGAAACUGUAGCACAGACUUCCCCAAAGUAAGAAAUGCCGAAUGAAAGAAAGGAAACCGAAAAAGGAGGGGGUUCAUGUACGUAAGAAACGCAAAAGAGAGGAAAUGGAAAUACAGGAACAGACCUGAAUGAAAAAGGAAUACAGUGAUGUCAUGCUGUUAUACAUGAUGGAUGUUCCUCUAAGCAGAUCAAUAACAGAAGAAACGAAAGUAAAGAUAAGCACCGCGAAAAGCCAAAGUCGAAUGAAAUGAUUGUAAAACAUGAAGACC